CCGGCUCCCCACAAACCUCCAAACAAUGGCGCUAUCCUCCUGGAUUUCUCGAUUGCGUUCUUCUUCAAGGCCGUUUUACACCAAAUUCCGGAACUAUCGUUCUCACGAGCACCAUGCCACUGUACCAACGGCGGAACGCCUCCGGGGACCGUCCUUUUCGCAUUGGGAAAGCUCUUUGCUUCCGCUUGCUUUCACUGUCUCUGCCGCGUCUCUUGCUUUGCACUCUUACUUCAAUAACGCUCCUUCAUGCUGCGAAGCCCCAAAUCUCGCUCAAUCUGAUAAGAGGAUUGGGGGCACAGACAGCACGAAUUACGUGGUGAAAGGAUCACACCGAGAAGUUCCGCAAGAGCUUAUUGAAGAACUCAGUAUCAUCUGCAAGGAGAAUAUGACAAUGGACUACGAUGAAAGAUACUAUCAUGGGAAGCCACAGAACAGCUUUCACAAGGCUCAGAACAUCCCUGAUGUGAUUGUUUUCCCAAGGACUGAGGAGGAGGUGUCUAAGAUAGUAGUAUCCUGCAACAAACAUAAGGUUCCUAUUGUGCCAUAUGGUGGAGCUACCUCUAUCGAAGGCCAUACCUUGUCUCCUAGUGGUGGAGUUUGCAUUGACAUGACACAAAUGAAACGUAUCAAAUCAUUAAAUUUAAAGGACAUGGAUGUGGUUGUUGAGCCUGGAAUUGGGUGGAUGGAUCUUAAUGAAUACCUCGAACCAUAUGGUUUAUUCUUUCCUCUAGAUCCUGGUCCUGGAGCAACCAUUGGUGGGAUGUGUGCCACACGCUGCUCCGGCUCAUUGGCUGUAAGGUAUGGAACUAUGCGCGAAAAUGUCAUUAACCUUAAGGCGGUUCUAGCCAAUGGAGACAUUGUGAAGACUGGAUCUCGUGCCAGGAAAAGUGCUGCUGGGUAUGACCUGACACGUCUCAUGAUUGGAAGUGAAGGAACAUUGGGUGUGAUAACAGAAGUCACAUUACGUCUCCAAAAAAUCCCUCAGUUCUCAGUGGUAGCCAUGUGCAACUUUCCUACAAUUAAAGAUGCCGCAGAUGUUGCUAUUGCCACUAUGAUGUCUGGUAUACAGGUAUCAAGGGUUGAGCUUCUUGAUGAGGUUCAAGUCAGGGCAAUCAACCUUGCUAAUGGGAAAAGCCUACCUGAAGCCCCAACUUUGAUGUUCGAGUUUAUUGGCACAGAAGCAUAUUCUCGUGAACAAACACUUAUGGUUCAGAAGAUUGCUUCUGAGCACCAUGGCUCAGAUUUUGUGUUUGCAGAGGAACCUGAAGCAAAAAAGGAACUUUGGAAGAUACGGAAGGAGGCACUCUGGGCAUGCUUUGCCAUGGAACCUAAUUCCGAAGCAUUAAUCACGGAUGUAUGCGUCCCACUAUCUCGCCUUGCUGAAAUAAUAUCAACAUCCAAGAAGCAGCUAGAUGCUUCACCUUUAGUCUGCACCGUUCUUGCUCAUGCUGGUGAUGGCAACUUCCAUUGCGUGGUUUUGUUUGAUCCGAACAAAGAGGAGCAACGAAAGGAAGCUGAGAGAUUAAACCGUUUCAUGGUGCAUGCUGCUCUGGAUAUGGACGGAACUUGCACCGGGGAACAUGGUGUGGGCACGGGAAAAAUGAAGUAUCUGGAGAAAGAACUGGGGAUGGAGGCUCUCCAGACGAUGAAAAGGAUUAAGGCUGCUUUAGAUCCCAACAACAUCAUGAAUCCAGGAAAGCUUAUCCCUCCCCAUGUAUGCAUGUAAUUUUGUGCUGCCGUUGAGUGGAAAGCAUUAUGACGGGGAGGGAUUCGGAUCCCUAAUACUGAGGUUCGUAGCCCGGUUCUCUAAUUCCUGAGUCUGCAGGCGAGGAUUAUUACCAGACAUAGUUGCAUGUAUCAGUGAUUCAGUAUAUUGUGUUUGGGAUAAUUGUAUUAUUAAUCCUGCGCUUGUACCAUUGUAAAAGAAGAUGCAAUUUUUGUAGUUUUCACUUUUCACCAUCUUCAAAUAAAUAAGCCUUUUAUUUUA